AUGACACUGCACACCAUAAAUCGGGUAUGGUGCAAAAUAAUGAUCCAGAGAUACCUCGGGGUAUGGCUGGACAACAAUUUAUCAUUUGACCAGCUAUCCAUCGAGCUAUCGAAUGGAUCAUUAGAAUUGGAAUGUCUAGAUAUCAACACUAGAGCAGUCAGUGCGGCUCUAGCCGCCGGAAGUAUCCCACUGAAAUUGGUGGAUGGAUACGUGGGGAAGAUCAGAAUCGAGAUCCCCUGGGUGCGAAUUAUGACGGACCCAACAAGAAUGAGCAUAGAAGAUCUGCAACUCACAUUCAGAGGAGCAGAUGUCGUGAAACUCGAUGACAUGGAAACAAUAACUUCCAUGAUCGAGAGCGUCCUGAUGAGCCUCAGCACGGACGAUAUGGCGAGAAGUGUUUUCGAUGAGGUGUCCAAAGAGAACACCAUCACAAUGGACUUCAAAGGAAACGAAGAGACCGCCGACAGCUUUUCUGGAAUCAUCAACGCAGUGUGGUCCCGAUUUUGUUUGACAGUUCAUAAUCUGACUCUUCGAUUUGAAAACGAGCCGAAGAAUAAAUCAGAGAUGGCCACUGCCGUUGAAAUCCAUGUGCAGAAAAUCACAUUUAUGGAUGAGCAGAUGCGCUCGUGCGAGAUGGACCACACGAACGCAACCGAUUUGGUAACCACUCAACCACACGGCGUUGGAUCGACCACCAAUUUGAAUAAGAACCUCACAUUCCACGGAGUCUCUAUCCACACUGACGUUUUCUCUGAAAUUGCCAACGAGGGAAAUGAAGAUGAAAUUCUCAUCACCAGCAUGCACAUCAGGAGAGAAAAAGCCAAGCAGAUGUCACCAACAAAGUCUGUCUACAAUUCAUCACAUCCAGACAUGUUCCAAUCGGCUAUGAGCGACAUGGACGCGUUCCACUCUUGUUAUGAUAAAUUGACACAAGAAUCCACGUCGCCUGACCAGCUCGAGACAUUGAGAACCGCUCCUGCAGAACCAGAGCUAUUUUCAAACCCCAUCAAAUGUGGCGAGGUUAUCGGUGACAUUUCCUGUGUGUUUCGGAUAAAAAAUGCGGCUAACGAUGUUAAUGUGGCGGAUAUUGAGGAGUCGAAAAUUGAGACAGACAUAUUUGUGAAAGGACUGAACUUGUUUGCAACAGCAUCGCAAAUUGAAAUCAUGAAAAGAUAUUUCUUGUCUAUCACAACUCCAAAAGGAAUUAUUGUUCAAGAGCAAGGAAAACCAAUGAGCAAAGAAGACUAUGAGAACAUGACGAAGAAUAUGGAGCCAAAUCAAACACCAGAAGCUCCAAUCUCGGUCCCAACGUUUGGCGGUAACUGGAAUGCUGGCGAGGAGUUCAAGGAAUUCGAGAAUGCAAAGUCAUUAAAACAAAAGGAGAAGGAAAAGAGCGAGAAAGAGAAAUUCAAGACGUUGAAAGCGAACAGCAAUGUCAAAGAAGAAUUCACAGUGCGAACUCACAUUGGAACACUGCUGGCGUAUAUUCCACACUGUGAUUACAUGUCUUCCGACUAUGCUCGUCAACACGGUGGUUAUGGAAAAGUUCUGGAGGCUCUUCAAAAGGAAUCGAAGCAAUUCUUCAACGGGAUUCAAGGAUUUUCGUUCCUCUCAAAACACGGACUCGCCAACAUCCGCCAAGCUGCAGAGGCCUUCUACCCAAAAGACCAUUUGAGAGUCAUUGGAGGAUCAUUGGCUGUCACUUCCAGCAGCUCAAGAAUUGGAACUGUCGACACGUUCUCUUGCCGCAUCAAUGCUACACAUUUCGACAUGUUGGAGUACCUCACACCAGAAAGCGCUCCAGGUCACAAUGGUCCGCUUACAGUCAACAUCCUUGAUUAUUCCAACCAAGAAAAUGUGGAAUGUGACCCCAACUUCAAAAUGGUUCUGAGAACAUCGUCUGAAAAGAAGGGAGAGACCAAGAUUGAUGUUCUUCUUGGAGCCGUGCGUUCGGAACUGGAUUUCUCGAUUAUUGAUCGCAUCUCAAAUCUGAUCAUCUGCAAACCAUUCUUUGAUGAUGAAUCGGAAAAGGGUGCACAAAGAAAUAAAGUGCCGCAACUGAAGGACGACCUAUAUGCCGAAGCGAAUGCUACUGAAGAUGACGCAAAAUCUAAGACUCUCUUCAAUCUUGUGUGUCCCAACUGGCAAGUGGACCUGAGAAUUCCAAAAGCAGAUCUCCGCGACCCAACUGGAUCUCGUCUUCCAUUCUCUCAGAGGCAUGUGCACAAUGAAUAUCUUUCAUUGGGAAUCAAGGAAAUCGAUGUUUCAAUUCCAAUCGGGAAAGAUGUCUCUUUCAUCGAAAUUCUGUGCUCAGAAAUGUUUGGAGACUUCUGUGGAGAAGGAUUAAACAUUCCAAAAGAGCAACAGAGAGUUCUCUAUGCUUCCAAAAAUGGAUUUGAUAAGAUCAAUUUGAAAUUGGCACUCAAUGGAAACACAAAAAUCCCAGGCAGAGAUUCAACAUCAAGCAGCAUCCCAGAAAGCAUGCUGAAAUCAGUGUCUGCUGAUAUCAUGAUGGCUCAUCCAAAGAAAGAAGGUCCGUUCUCAAAAGUUCCGCGCUCGUAUAUGUCACAUGAUGGAGAAGAAAAGGAAGAGAUAAUCCAAGCAGGAACACGUCGAGAGAUUCUCUCUUUCCAGAAGGACUGUGAAGAUUUCGCGUCAACAUUUAUGUUGUUCACAAUUCCAGUCUUGAAACUGCACAUUCCAGAGAAAAGUUUCCUAGAGAUUCUUUACAACAGAUUGGUAAAUGACCUGGCUCUGUUCCAACCAGCCGCCCCGGCCUUCCGUGCUGAAGCGGAUGCAGUCACCAACGCGCAGCCGGUAGAGUCAUUCCAAGAAUGUGUCUCGCCCAAAAACUACGCUGAAAGUGAACAUUCUGAGUCGGAUGAUGAUGCUUUAACGUUGAAAGAGAGUGUGGACAGCAUUGAUUUUGACAGAGAUGUGCCGCACACUUUUGUGAUGACACUCAAUGCCAAGAAAUGUGCGAUCCUUUGCAACACUUCAAUUAAAGAGGACGAAAAAGCACCAGAAGCCGCUCAAGUUUCGCUCGAUCUUGAAAAAGUGCACAUUGGAACAACAGCCGGUUACCAUGGUGAUAUCAACCACACGUAUUUCCACUUCACCUCUUCAAAAGCUGCUGUGGGAAGUGUGGAUGCAUUAAAAGGAGUACAAAUUCCAAAUGUUAUUUCUGCCAAGGAUUUUGGAAAGUGGAAUAAGGAUUUGAACCAACUCGAAUACGUUCUUGCCACUGAUGAGUUGAGUUCCGGUUCUACGGAAGACGCUUUCGCUGUUGCCCUCCAUAUGAAUUUCAAGCCGGACGUCAACGUGAAAGAUGUUUUGGUUGGAAUUGCAAUCAGAAAUUCACAACUUCAAGCAAAACCAUUCAAGAACUGGGGAGCGUUCUGGAUUACUCAACUAUCGGAGCUUUUCACUCUUCAAGACUACGCUAUUCCUGGAUAUGUGCUUCCAACUGUCUCAACAGACCUUCAUAUUUGCUUGGAAAACGCAAUCAUUGGAUACGAUCACUCAUGGAUCAACCCGAGCAGUAAACUGAAGUUGAGAGCAGCUCUAGGACAUUGUAAUCUGGCCAGCUCGAUUGUUUCGGAUAUGAAUAUCUCCAAGACACUCUGCAUUUUCGAGAGCUGCCGAUUGUACAUGAGUCACGAUUCCCUCAAGGAUGCUGUUAGAUUUGAAGGAUAUGGAGCACCAAAAGCGCCAACCAAAAAGUUCAUUCCAUUCCUCGAUUUUGGUUCAGUUCAACUAGACAUUUUAUUUGCUGUCGGAGAAGAGACCGGUUCGAGAACCACCCCUGCAUUCGAAAUCCGCUGUCAAAACGACAUCAUAAACGCAUGGGCGUGUGCGGAUUCUCUCGCCACUUUUAUUCAAACGGUGAUGGAAUAUACCAGUCACGGACAGGUUCCAGUGAAAACACCCGCCGAGGAGGAAACUGAUGAGUUGGAAAAAUCGAUAAAGAAUGAGGAUAUCGCGAAGAGUGUAGCGGGAGAAUCGGUUUGGAGUGAUGCAUCGACAGGGAGCAAACAUAUUCAGAAAAUGGGAGUCGGUGCAGCUCUACCUGAUGAUGUUGAGAAAAGACUUCAAGCAAUGAUCAGAGAAGCAGUCGACGAGAACGAUGAGAGUGCUGGAAUUGCUAUUGGAGAGGAUGCUGUCAAAGAAUUCACAAUGACAAAACCAAAACCGAAGAAACCUUCCCGCAAACCAUCAAAAAAUAUGGAAGAUCCCACCAGAAACUACACUAUCACCGAUGAAGAGUUCUGUAUGGUGGAUGACAACGUAUUCGGAUCUGGGAUAACUAAUCUUCCGGGUGAAUCUCGAGUCAGAUCAAUGACAGCAAAGAACAAGUAUGACGAGCCGCCACUCACCAAACAAGACUUUUUCCAUUCGAUCGAAGAAAGUGGAAAUGACGGAUUGUACCAAACGAUGUCUGGAAACUGGACACCAGCUCUGAGAUACUUCUUGAAAGAUGUGACACUCAGACUCAGUUUGUAUGCUGGAAAUGAUCUGUCAACCACUCCAUCUCCUAUCAGAACUUAUUGCACCGAGGAAUACAGAAAUGGAUAUGGACCAGAACAAAAAAUUGAGAAGAACUCAGCUGGAGGACCCAACCGAGAUCACUCAGCGUUCGUGGUUCUUGAAUUGAAUAGGAUUACCUACUUGAAACAAGUCUUCGAGAAAAACGCCCCUCUUCUUUCAACUUCUCUCUUCCAAAUCGGCGAUGUUGUAAUUAAGGACUGUGUGAAAGCAAGUACCAUCCAAGAAAUGCUCUACCAGUAUUCCGUGGUGAAUCAACCAAGACGUGGAAGUGCUCCAAUCUUCAGUGUGAGAAUAGCGGAGUCUCAAUCAAAGGAAGGAAAGAUGAGAGUUUCCAUGCUUCCUAUCAAAAUCAACGUCGACCAAGACACUAUGGAGUUCCUCAUUGAGUUCUUUGAAGAAACAUCGAGGCUUCUUGACCUCCCGAAAAACCAGAUGAACCCAUUGAUUCAACGACCAGUCAUCGAAGUUCCAGCAGAGCCCAGUUCAAGAAAAACUUCACCAAAAACAUCGGUUUCAUCAUCAGAAGGAGACGUUGCCCCACGUAUGUACCCAAGCAUCCCGGAGCCUGCAAUGACUCUGGAACCACUCCAACCAUCUCCAGUACAACCAGCUACUCCACUUGGUGACCUGUCGUACCUCGAGAAAAUCUCAUCCAACCAUCAAUCUCCUGUCAAACGUCCAAUUAUUGACGCUCCUCUAACCGCUUCUGCUGUUUCUAUCGGCAGAAUCUUCGAAUCUCCAAAGAACGAAGUGGACGAUGAGCCUGUUGAUCCGAUUCAAAUCGAAGAAAUGGGCAAUUUCAACAUCAAUGAAGAACUCCGAAGAAUCAACGAAUUGGGAAAAUCAAAAUCAAGUCCACUUUUCAAUGACUCCGAAUCAGAAUCAAGCGAUGAAGAAGAUGAGACGAACACUGAUUUUGUUGUCCCACACACGUCUCAACACCAGAAAUUGCACGAAUCUUUUGAUCAUGCGCACCCAGCUGAUCUUUCUGAUCUCGCCGGUGACUGGGCUGAUGACGAUGACAGUAUUGACCACUUCACUGCUCACACUGAAAAUGACCAUUAUCACAAUUCUAAAACGACGAAGUGUGAAGAGUUACAAACAUUGAAUUUGAUGGAUGAGGAGGAGUCUGGAAAAGGAUCAAUGACCUCUCCAAUGCCGUCAAGUCCACUACGAUCUACACGAAGUGUGAAAAGAGAGCUCCCACCACUUAAGAUGCCACAACAACCACUUUCGAAUGAUGAUAUUCUCUUGAGGUCUACGAUGAUGGGAUCGAUUCAUCCAACUCAAAGUGUUCACAAUUUAGUAGAUACCAGUGACGAUUUGGAGGAGCAUUCAAACUUCUUGGAUGGUCUUGACGAUGAUGAAGACGAGGAGAAACAAAACGUUGAAGAAGAAAUGGAAGAAGAGCAAAAGAAGGAAGAAGAGGAAAGAGACAAGGAGAUUCAAGAAGCUGUUGAACGAGGAGAAACAUUCUUCAAGCAAUUCGUAUUCUCUCCAUCCGUCAACAUUUAUGUGGACUACCAAGGAAAACGGAAGAUCACCAUGGAGAAGCAGGGAGCAAUCGUCGGUCUUCUUAUGGCAUUCGGCCAGCUCAACCAGAUGCCUAUCACCCUCAAAAAGAUCAAUACACGUACCGGAUUGCUAGGAUCUGGACGUUGUAUGCAGCACGCUAUAGGAGAAUGGUCGGGAGACAUGCUGACUAACAUGCCAAGUGUAAUCGCAAGCUAUGGACCAAUCAGUCCACUGGUUCAAAUUGGAAGAGGUGUGGUUGAUCUCUUCUGGAUGCCAGUUUCCGAAUUCCGCAAGAAUGAUGGAAACGUGAUGAAAGGAGUACAACGAGGAGUGGGAUCAUUCAGUGUCUCCUCAGCGGCUGGAAUUGUUGGAAUGGCCCAGACAGUCACUGGCUUUGUUCAGAGUCUUGCUGAAAUGACCAUGAAUGAAAUCAAGCCUGAUGAUCCAUCCACGAGAAGAUCUAGAAGAUACAACAGACACCACGGCACCAAUCCAACAGAUGUCCGUCACAGUUUGCAGUUGGCUUAUGGAAUUCUUUAUGAUGGAUACCACCAAACCAGAGAUGACCUCGAGUUGGCUGCUCAGGAAGAUCGAGCUUCUGGAAACUCUGUCGUGCGUAGCGCAUUCCGAUACGCAGUUCCAACAUUCUUGGGACCAAUUGUGAUGGCCACUCAAGUUACCUACCAACUUCUUGGUGGUCUACGAAAUCAACUCCGUCCGGACACUUAUCAAGACGAACGGCGGAAAUGGGGAGAGAAAGAUGUGCCUGGAGGUGUCAAUAAAUGA